UCUGAGGGGCAGACGGAGAGCCGGCUGCUGGGGAAUGGCGUUCUGUUCGUUCUUCGGGGGUGAAGUUUAUAAAGAUCACUUUGAAGCCGGGAUAUAUGUCUGUUCAAAGUGUGGGUAUGAAUUGUUUUCAAGUAAAGCUAAAUAUAACCAUUCCUCACCAUGGCCUGCUUUUACUGAAACCAUUCAUCCAGACAGUCUAUCUAAAAGAAAAGAGAGAGAGAAUGCCCUAAAGGUUUCUUGUGGAAAGUGUGGGAAUGGACUUGGCCAUGAGUUCCUCAAUGAUGGGCCUAAGUUAGGCCAGUCGCGUUUCUGAAUAUUCAGCAGCUCGUUGAAAUUUAUCCCCAAAGACAGAAGAGAAACAUCACCGACUCAAACCAGUAAAGGUCAAUGGACCUCUUGAGGGAAAAUAAGGCGAGCAUGGAACCAGUCUUUUACAGUCAUUGUACGACUGAAGAACACACUGACCACAAGCGUUACAAUCUGUGGUGUUUUUUUUAAGUAUCAAGUGUCAACACAGAAUUGCUGUUACAUCUGGAAGUAACGAGAAAAAUGUCCUUGAGAUGGUAUUUUUGAUGGUUAAUCAUUAUAUGACAUUUUCUGGAUAAACUCUUCCUUGAAUGUCUAGAAGAUAGAUAUUGACAUGAUUACGCUGACAAAAAUACUUGUAUUAAGUAAGUUUUGGACUUGAUUUUAAACAUCAUUUAACCUCUUAAAAGUGACAGGCAAAGCACAAUAUGGAAAUAGGGAAAAGGUUGCUGCAGUAGCAGAUGUGAGAUUUUGUAGCAGGUCGCGGGCUAAACUAGUUUAAAUAAUGGUUCCCAAAGAUAACUAAACGCACAAAGACAUAAUUUAAAGUAAAUGUUACUUGUGACUGUAGGAAAAUAUUAAAUUUUGCAAUAUGUCACCAAACAACUCACUUUAGCUAAACAUUUAUAUGCUGUAUUAAUGUAAUUUUUAAUUCUGAAAGAAAUUUCACAGAAACAGAAUUAAUUUGGGAAAUUCAUAGGUUAUAAGGUAUUACAGUCCAUAAAUCCAUUAGUCAUGGUUCUCUCACCACUGUUUGGUUUCAGUGCUGCCAAUAUGGAGGGAAGUCUGACCAGCAACUUUCAUUAUUUUAUGGAUUCUUCUAAUGCCAUAUUUAAAGUAAAAUUUCCAGUUGGAUUUUAAAUGCACAACGUAUACAUAUAUUAGAGCUUUUAAAAAUAAAACCUAUUUUGAAUUCUG